AUGUUCUCCGACCAUCUUCAGAAAUGCAGCGCGGCGAUGAGGCUGUAAUUUCUCUAAACUUUCCUCCGAUUCUCGUCCCGCACUCCCUCAGGGCUCAUUCUUUUGUUGAGUGGAAUGAAGAACAAGCUCAGUAUUUGAAGGGGGGUGCAAAUCAUGCAAUAGGAGAUUUGCACUUGUAAAGUGAUUCUGGCAUGUAAGACCGUCAAAUCCGUGAGAUGGCCCCACUUCGGUCCACAGGAUAUGUUGAUCCAGGGUGGGAGCAUGGCAUUGCUCAAGAUGAAAAGAAAAAAAAGGUCAAAUGCAACUACUGUGGUAAAGUAGUUAGUGGUGGGAUAUUCAGAUUGAAGCAACAUUUGGCUAGGAUUUCUGGAGAAGUAACUCAUUGUGAAAAAGUUCCUGAUGAAGUAUGCUUGAAUAUGAGAAACAACCUUGAAGGAUGCCGUUCAGGACGGAAGCGAAAGCAAUUUGAAUAUGAGCAAGCAUCUUAUGGUUUCCAGUGUAAUGAGUAUAAUGAUGCAGAUGAAGCACCUGCAGGUUAUAAGCAUAAAGGCAAGAAAUCAAUGGGUGAUAAAAACUUGGUUUUAGGAUUUGCUCCUCUUCGAUCAUUGGGAUAUGUGGACCCUGGAUGGGAACAUUGUGUUGCUCAAGAUGAGAAGAAGAAAAGGGUAAAGUGCAAUUACUGUGAAAAAACAAUUAGUGGGGGCAUAAAUAGGUUUAAGCAACAUCUUGCUAGGAUCCCUGGCGAAGUUGCAUACUGUGAAAAGGCACCUGAGGAGGUAUAUCUCAAAAUAAAGGAAAAUAUGAGGUGGCAUCGUACCGGCAGAAGGCAUCGGAAGCCUGAUAUGAAGGAGAUAUCUGCUUUCAACAUGCCUUCAGAUAAUGAGGAUGAAGGUGGAGAGGAGGAGGAGGAAGAGUUUUUACAAUGCAUAGGUAAAGACAUUUUGGUUUUUGAUGAUAAAGUCUCAGAUAGUGACGUUAGAAAUAAUGCCAGGGGUAGGUCUCCUAGUACAAGUGGCAAUGGUGCUGAGCCACCACUCAAACGAUCAAGACUGGAUUCAGUGUUUCUGAAGACACUCAAAGGCCAGUCAUCACUACACUACAAACAAGCAAAAGGAAAAAUGGUUUUUGAGAAGAAAACUCGCAGGGAAGUUUUAUCUGCCAUCUGCAAAUUCUUUUAUUAUGCAGGAAUUCCUUCAACUGCUGCAAACUCCCCAUAUUUCCACAAAAUGCUGGAAUUGGUUGGCCAAUAUGGGCAAGGUCUGCAAGGCCCUUCCAGUAGACUAAUAUCUGGCCGUUUCCUUCAGGAGGAGAUUGCUAACAUUAAAGAUUAUUUAGCAGAGCUUAAGGCAUCUUGGACAAUUACUGGUUGUUCUAUCAUGGCUGACAGUUGGUAUGACGCAGAAGGCAGGACAAUGAUUAACUUUUUGGUUAGCUGUCCAAAUGGUGUUUACUUUGUUUCUUCUUUUGAUGCAACUGAUAUUAUAGCUGAUGCUGGUAGUCUCUUCAAGUUGUUGGACAAAGUAGUGGAAGAGGUUGGUGAGGAGAAUGUAGUCCAGGUAAUUACAAAGAAUAUUUCCAGUUUCAGGAAUGCUGGGAAGAUGCUUGAAGAGAAAAGGAGAAAUUUGUUUUGGACACCAUGUGCUGUCUAUUGCAUUGAUAGAACACUAGAGGAUUUUGUCAACAUAAAAUGGGUUGGAGAAUGCAUAGAGAAAGCCAAAAGGGUUACAAGAUUUAUUUAUAAUAAUACAUGGUUAUUAAGCUACAUGAAGAAAGAAUUCACAAAGGGACAGGAACUUCUUAAUCCUACUGUCACAAAGUUUGGUACUAAUUUUCUCACUUUACAAAGUUUAUUGGACCAAAGAAUUGGUCUUAAAAGAAUGUUCCAAUCAAACAAGUGGCUUUCUUCCUGCUUUUCCAAAUCUGACGAAGGUAAAGAAGUUGAAAGAAUUGUCUUAAAUGUCACAUUUUGGAAGAAGAUGCAGUAUGUCAAAAAAUCUUUGGAACCAGUUGCUGAGGUUCUUGAAAAGAUAGUUACUGAUGGAAGCCAAUCAAUACCAUUUAUUUAUAAUUACAUGUCUAGGGCAAAGCUAGCAAUCAAAUCCAUUCAUGGUGAUGAUGCAAGAAGGUAUGGGCCAUUUUGGAGUGUGAUUGAGAAUAACUGGAACUCAUUGUUUCACCAUCCACUUUAUGUUGCUGCGUACUUCCUCAAUCCAUCGUAUCGGUACCGUCCAGAUUUUGUAAUGAAUCCUGAAGUAAUGCGUGGUCUAAAUGAGUGCAUUGUUCGACUAGAAGCAGACAAUGGAAAAAGGAUUUCUGCAUCAAUGCAGAUACCUGAUUUUGCAUCAGCAAAAGCUGAUUUUGGCACUGAUUUGGCUAUUAGUACCAGAAGUGAACUUGAUCCAGCUUCAUGGUGGCAACAACAUGGGAUAAGUUGCUUAGAGUUACAACGGAUUGCCAUACGCAUACUAAGCCAGGCAUGUACGUCACUUGGAUGCGAGCAUUCCUGGAGUAUAUAUGAUCAAGUUCACAGCAGAAGGCUGCACAGCUCUUUAUCUCGAAAGAGAUGGAAUGAUUUUACCUAUGUUCACUACAACUUGCGAAUGAGAGAGUGCCAACUUGGAAGAAAGCAUGACGACUUGAUUUCCUUUGACGGUGCCAUGUUAGAGAACAUGUUGGAUGACUGGCUAGUGGAAUCAGAGAAACAAGCCAUUCAAGAAGACGAGGAGAUUGUUAACAAUGACAUGGAACAUUUUGUGGGAGAUGAUAUGGAUGAGCGUGAGAAUGAAGAAAAGCCACCUUCAGAAAUGGUCAUGGCCAAUUUUGUUGAACCUUUGGAUAUCAAUCCUGCUGCUGGAGGUGUUACCACUGAUGAUGAUGGUCUUGAUUUUCUUGAUGAUGAUCUAACAGAUUAGUUGAUCUCAAUGUGGCUCAUCAAACUUGGGAGUUAAGCUGUGAGAUACCCAUGUACAAUAAUUAAUUACUGACAGGAAAAUUAACUUAAUGUUGUCAAAGACUUCUUUUCUUGUAAUCUCACAAGUUUCUGGUGCCACACAUAAUUACAAAAAAACUAUUUUACAAUUU